AAUUGGACUCAAAGAUCUCACACCCAAUCCACCAUGGCCGGCGGAGCCAAGAAAAAGCAUUUCAACAAGUCCAAGUCCAGGUCCAAAGCACCGUCUAACUUUUCUGCUGGAUCGGUGUUCGUCUCUGGGGGUUCCUUCGUUGAUUGGAGCCCCAAUUUGCAUUCUACCCCUAAUUCUAUCCCAGGAAGAAAAAACCCCAAUGGAAAUGCCCGAUCGGGGAAUUCGGGUGCGAGCGGUGCUUCUGGGUCCAGAUAUGGGCCGGGGAAAUACACUGGAAAUGCUUACGGAUACACCUAUCCAGCUGCUACUCCCCAGGAUGGUAUGCAUCCAGAAUCAUAUGUUGGGGGCAGUAAUGGGGAUAAUUAUUUGAAUGCAUCACAGCCAAUUGUUUUAGUUGAUUCCAAGGAGACUCAGAUUGUUGCUUUUGAAGACAAAACACCAUGCUCAAAAACAUUUAGUGAGAAUUUCACUUAUGAUUAUGGUUCAGAUUUGGUAUUAGGUGAUAGCUCAUGCAGAGGAUUGGGGUUCUUUGAUGAAUCUGAGACGGCAUCAGGUGGCAAUGGAACAUCUAAGAAGAAAAUUGAAGAGGAAGAAGGCUCAUGUUUCAUAUUGUCAUCACCUGAGAAGGAUGCAGAUGCUGAUGAAAAUAACAUUUGCAAGUUGGGUGUUGAGAUGUCUGAAGAAGUGCUUAACACACCCAGUAGCAUUGGAGCAUCCACAAAGAAAAUGGAAGAAGGGGGGUCAUGUUUCAAAUCGUCAUCACUCGAGAAGGACAUGGAUGCUGAGAUGGCUGAAGAUGUAUUCAGUGGGGCAUUUUCUUCAGAGAAAAAUUCUGGGUUUUUGUCAAUUGGAGGCAUGAAAUUAUACACUCAGGAUAUUUCAGAUCAGGAAAGUGAUGAGGAAAUUGAUGGGGAGUCGCUUGACGAGGAAAGCUCUGAGUCUCUUGAGCCAGAAGAUUUAGUUAGUUCAUCGGACACAUCAGAUAGUGAUUCGGAUAUUAAUGAAGAAAUAAGGAAACAAUUGUGGGCUAAAAUGAUGAAAGAAUUAUGGGGCUAG